CUUUCCGACGGCUACCAGCUAUAUUCGUCAGCGGUGAAAAUCUUUUCGCCGUUUAAAUUGUAAGUUUUUCACACUUAUUUGAGGGAAAUUAUUCUCUAUUUGUGCUUGUGCCUAGAAGAACGAUUGCGCUAAUCAAAUUCCUUGAAAGUUUUAAAAAAACAGGUAUACACGACUUUUAAAAACCAAACAUGUCACGUUUCUUUGCAACCGGUUCUGACUCUGAGACCGAGUCCAGUGAUGAGGAGGUCCCAGUACAAGCGUACAGCAAAGCGACCAACUUCCAAUUCAGUGAUGAUGAGGAGGAAGUUAAACGCGUUGUGCGUUCCACCAAGGAAAAACGCUAUGAAAAUCUGACAGCAAUUAUCAAGAGCAUACGCAACCAUAAGAAAAUUAAGGAUAUGUCGAGUAUUUUGUCAAGCUUUGAAGAUCUGACACGCGCCUACACUAAGGCGUUGCCUGUUAUAACAAAAGAAGAGAAGGGCGUCACUCCACGCUUCUACGUUCGUGUUCUUGCCGAGCUGGAAGACUUCAUUAACGAAGUAUGGGAGGACCGUGAAGGGCGUAAAAACUUGUCAAAGAACAAUUCAAAGUCGCUGGGCACAUUGCGCCAAAAGGUGCGCAAGUACAUCAAAGACUUCGAGGAGGAUUUGACUCGUUUCCGUGAAGCGCCUGACCAAGAAAGUGACGCCGAAGAAGAGGAGGCAUACGACUCUGAUCAGGAUAAGCACGAUGCUGGUUCGGAAGAUGUUUUGCGCGACUUCAAACAACCAGCCGAAGCAAAGUCUGCUAAAGCGGCUGCGCCGUCUAAAGCCGCUGUACAGGAUGAUGACUCCGAUGAUUCUAUUGAUUGGGGUUCCGAUUCGGAGUCGGAGUCCGAGUCAUCGGACGAUGAAAAUCAAUAUCAAACCAUGCGUGAGCGUUUCUUGAAGCGCACCAAUGUAGAAAAGGAAGAGAAGGAGGAUCGCGAAGACCGCAAGAAGGAAAAACGCGCUAAGGAGGCUAAGCAACGUCGCAAGCGUAUUGAAGAGGAUGCCGAUGAAGAAGGUGAAUGGGAGACCGUAUUCCCCCACACCGUUGAGAAGCCCAAGAUGUUCGAUAAGGACGCCGAAAUCGAUGUGCCACUAACGCUGCAGAAACUGUCUGAAAUUAUGGCAGCGCGCGGCAAAAGACGUACCGAUCGCCGCAUGCAAAUCGAGAUGCUGUUUGAGUUGCGCGACAUUGCCGAACAACAUCAGUUGGGCAAUGCUGUGGCUGUUAAAAUACACUUCAGCAUCAUUUCGGCCAUUUUCGACUACAACCAGAAAAUCUCUGAACCCAUGAAGUUGGAGCACUGGAGCAAGCUGUUGGAUGUCAUGCAAAGUAUGAUGAAAAUACUGCUGGCCAACGAAGAUAUACGCAUGAGCGAGGAGGUGCAAGAGGAGAACGAAGAGUUCGCAACUGCGCCAUACGCGAUACGCGGUUGUUCGCUGGCUGCAGUGGAGCGCUUGGAUGAUGAGUUCACCAAGCUGCUAAAGGAGUGCGAUCCACACACCAAUGAUUAUGUGUCACGUUUGAAGGAUGAAGUCACCGUAACACGCAUCAUCGAGUCUGUGCUUGAGUACUUUGAGCGCGUUGGUAACAACAAUGAGCGCUGUCGCGUCUAUUUGCGUAAGAUCGAGCACUUGUACUACAAGUUCGAUCCCGAUGUGUUGAAGAAGAAGCGCGGCGAAUUGCCGUCAACCACCGUCACCUCGGUUGAUGUAAUGGAUCGUCUCUGCAAGUUCAUCUACUCCAAGGACGACACGGAUCGUAUACGUACACGCGCUAUUCUGGCGCACAUCUACCAUCACGCCAUGCACGACAACUGGUUCCAGGCACGCGACUUGGUGCUUAUGUCGCACUUGCAGGACACCAUCGAUGCUGCGGAUCCUUCCACACGCAUUCUCUACAAUCGCAUGAUGGCCAAUUUGGGCCUGUGCGCUUUCCGUCAGGAGAACAUCAGGGAUGCGCAUCAUUGCCUGGUCGACUUAAUGGUGACUGGAAAGCCAAAAGAGUUGCUUGCACAAGGCUUGCUGCCACAGCGUCAGCAUGAGCGCUCCGCCGAGCAGGAGAAGAUCGAGAAGCAGCGCCAAAUGCCAUUCCACAUGCACAUCAAUUUGGAGUUGCUCGAGUGUGUGUACUUGGUGUCGGCCAUGCUUUUGGAAAUUCCCUACAUCGCUGCACACGAGUUCGAUGCGCGUCGCCGCAUGAUCAGUAAAACUUUCUACCAACAAUUGCGUUCUUCCGAGCGCCAAUCGCUUGUGGGACCACCCGAGUCGAUGCGCGAGCACGUCGUCGCUGCUGCUAAGGCCAUGCGUUGCGGCAACUGGCAAGCCUGCGCCAAUUUCAUUGUCAACAAGAAGAUGAACACCAAGGUUUGGGAUCUGUUCUACGAGGCCGAUCGCGUGCGCGACAUGCUGGUGAAAUUCAUCAAAGAAGAGUCGCUGCGCACCUAUCUCUUCACCUACUCGAACGUCUACACCUCGCUGAGCAUUCCCUCAUUGGCGCAGAUGUACGAGCUGCCCGUGCAGAAGGUGCAUUCGCUCAUCAGCAAAAUGAUCAUCAACGAGGAGCUCAUGGCCAGCUUAGACGAUCCCACAGAGACCGUGGUUAUGCACCGUUCGGAGCCAUCGCGCCUACAAGCGCUCGCCAUGCAAUUCGUGGACAAGGUCACCAAUCUGGUCGAUGUGAACGAGAAGGUGUUCGACAUGAAGCAGGGCAACUUCUUCCAGCGCGGCAACAUGGGCAACCGCGAUCGCGGCUACAACCGCAACCAGAACAACCAGGGCGGCAACUGGGGUGGCCAGCGACGCGACAAUCGCAAUCAGCGCAAUCGCAACCAACGCAAUCAGCAUCAUCAUCAUAAGCAACAACACCAACAACAGCAGCAGCAGCAGCACCACGAACAACAAGUCCAACAACAGCAGAUCAUCGAGGAAGAGUAAGGCGUACGCCAGCGCCGCAGCGUAACACGUCAAGCAGGCAACCAGUCAAACACAACAAACACUCUAAGAAACUUGAAUGAUGCGAACAAAUGUGAAGGCCGAAGAAAUUAGCAACAAAGAAAACGGUAGCAUAAACUGCUGCUGGCGCACUCUCGCCCCACUGUGCGGGCGUCAUGUCUGCGCCAGUUGUUGCGGGAGUGCGCCAUUUUAGUUAAUGCGAGUUCGAGUGAGCUCAGCACAAUUUCACUAGCUCUGCCUAUUAUAAUUAUUUUAUAUGCAAUUUUUUUACGUAAUGCGUACGCGCAUUUGAGGUAAAACGCGUUGUUUCUUUCUUCACACGCCGGUGACAUGCGGAAUUUGAGUGCUUAAGUUCAACUGCUUGAAAUGUUAACAUAAAGAAUAAAAAUACUACUGAAAUUAAUGUAAUAAUUGAACGACUAAGAUACAUAAAUAUACAAUACAGAUAACUUUCAACAACACUA